GAGCAGUAUAAAAAUGAACAUUUGAGGCAGAGUUGAGUAGAAAGCAUGAUAGGAACAAUCAUGAUUUCGCAGAUUGUUUUGUUGCUGUCUCUUGUGGCACUGGGCGGGGCGGUCAUUGACCCGGAAACCCUGGCCAAGUUGAACGCCCUCCAAGACCAGCUGACAACACUGGCCAAGCACACGAUGAUACAACAGGAGUUUGUUGAGGAAAGGAUCCGAACCGACGGCCAGUCUGGUAUCAAACAACUCCGACACGACACAGAGGGCUCGAGGAACUACUACGGUUCUUCACAUCUGGACUACAGUGCUGCUGGCAUUCAUGAUCACAGUGAUUACAUCAGGACUCUGGGGAUGGGGGAGAUCGCCGCUGUCAUCAACGGCGUGGAGUUUCGAACCCGUCAUCUGGACUUUAAGUUGGUCCGUCCCUCGACCACCAACACAAGCUUUUUAGCGAUGGAAGAUAUACCAUACCCAGAGGUGCCACCGGAAGUCACGAGCAAAGCCACCGUAGCGGAACAAAUCCUGGAGAUGAAAGAAUGGUUCAAGGCGUUCGCCACACAAAACUCCACACUAAGAAACUACAAGAACUACUUUAAGCCCGUGAUGUGCUACAUGGAGGGCAUGUGGACUAAAGAUUUGACCACGGAAAUAACCGAACCGUUCCAGAGUAACAGGCACCGCCUGGACGCCAGUAGCUGGGAUGACCUCAUGCAGAAAGUGCGUUACAUGGCUUACACCGGCAUCAAGGACAACUUUGAGAACAUAGCCUUCCACCCCCGUAAAAUCAUGUACAUGGACUCGACCACAGGAGUCCCCGUCUACGGGCAGUGGAACUACCGGGUGCUCUGUUAUCCGAUUCCUUUUGAUAUCCCCACCAAAUAUCUCAAACAGAGGGAGGACUGGGCUUGGAGCUACCCCCAGGAUCUGGAUGCUUCAGGCGUUCUCAAGACUCGUGGUGCCAGGUUCCAGCUCAAUGAUAUGGAGACUGACGAGGAUUAUAGCGACUUUAACAUCUACGACAAGAUCAUGCAGGUCAUCCCUGGACUGGACAACGUACCUGCCGCGGACGUCAAGGAGAACUACGGCGCUCCCCUGUACACGGCUGAUGGCACCAAGUCCCCACUCAGGUCUUCGUACUACCACAGGUGGUACAACUUUGCCAAGAAUGGGGCCAUGGGGACCUCGCUUACCCACCGCGGUUACUCGGACCAAUUUCUAUUCGUCGCCGUCAACUCACGUGACAAGAUCGUACCAAUGACGAUUGACGACUGUAAGAGUGGGGUCUGCACCAAGUACAGCACCCGUGUCUCCUAUGCCAUCCCCAUGGAGAUCGUUUACCUGACGCCCCUGCUCAAGUGGAACCCUUACAACAUCGCCUACAACCAGAAUCCAGACAUCACCUACGACCCCAACCAAGACGGUACCACCAUCACCACCGCCUACAACGGCGCCAACUAUGAGACCUACUACAGGACCCCAGUGACGUUUUUCAACGGUCCAGCCGUGCAGGCUGACGUAGCAGACACCAUCGAUCCAGUGGUCAAGAUGAAGACAAUUGACAUUUAUAUUCCUCACUGUGACCCUGGGGUUCGAUCGAACCCAGAAUAG